UCGCUAAUCCACUUGCUCAAUACAUUUUCUCCCAAGUCUCUCUCUUAAAAAAAAACACAAUGCCAAGAAUCAUGUGGAAAAGCUUUCAUCUUUGCUUCCCAUCAAAUCUCAUCAAGCCCUCCUCAUCUCCCGCCGCCGCCUCAGACGAUCCUAGCCGUCCAUCCAUUCUUCUCAUCAACAACUUCAACCUCCUCUACGACGAUUCUACCGUCGCCGGCCGCCGCAUAUCCAAGCGUCUCAACGACGUCGUUCCUUCCUCCUCCACCACCUUCACCGCUUCCACCUCCACCGCCGCUAAUUCUUCCUCCUCCUCCACGAGCUACGAUGAAUCCGAUAAUUACGGUUUUGCCCCUGACGACUCUCCUCCUCCGGACUUAACCGCCGUUCUCGCCUCCCGUCGCUUCUUCUUCUCUUCCCCUGGCCGCUCCAACUCAAUCACCGACUCGCCAGAUCUUAUUCGCUCCUGCGAUAAUAAUCACGAUACUGCCACUACUACUACUACUACUGCUAGGCUUCUCACUGGAGGAACUGCCGUGAAACAGUACGUGCAAUCUCCUGAUCCUUACAACGAUUUCCGGCGAUCAAUGCAGGAGAUGCUUGACGCCGUUACAGACGCCGGAGAUCUUCGCCGUUACGAGUUCUUGCACGAGCUGUUACUCAGUUACCUUUCCUUAAAUGCAGCAGAUACACAUAAGUUUAUUAUCAAAGCUUUCGCGGACAUUCUCGUCUCUCUCUUAUCGGACGGUCACCGGAUAAGCUGACGUGGCAUUUAUAUGUAGAAAUAUCUUAUCUCGUGUUUUUGGGAUUAACGCUUUAAUUAGGACCAAGAACAAAAAAACUAUGCUAAAUUGCUAAUGUAAUUAUUGUGUAAUGAUACGAGAAAAUCGAGGGAAGCGUGGGGUUUUGUCUCGAUCGCAUGCAGUUUAUAUUGCUUUUUAUUUUGUUUUUUUUUUACUUACCUUUUUAAAUAAAUGAUAAA